AUGACAGCACCAUUUUUACGUGCUUAUGCGUUGGCCAGCAUCAAGGUUUGCCAUGCUCGAAAAAUAUCGGCAAUGGGUGGAAUGGCUGCACAAAUCCCGAUCAAAAACGAUCAAAUAGCGAAUCGUAAGGCCCUCGCUUUCGUCAAACAAGACAAAGAACGAGAGGCAACUGAUGGACACGACGGCACAUGGGUGGCACAUCCAGAUUUAGUGAAAGUUGCACGGGAUGUGUUCGAUACAACGAUGCCACAGCAGAAUCAAAUCGAUAAAUUACUGAAUUCGGUCUCGGUGACCAGCGAAGAUCUGACAGCAAUACCCGAAGGAACACGCACUGAACGUAGUUUCCGUCAUAAUAUCGCCGUUACACUCGGAUAUAUGGACUCGUGGUUAAGUGGAGUCGGUUGCGUGCCGUUGUAUAAUCUGAUGGAGGAUGCAGCUACGGCCGAGAUCUCGCGUGCUCAAUUGUGGCAGUGGCUUCAUCAUGAGGCUAAAUUUGAAAAUGGCCGAACAAUUGACGUCGAAAUGGUUCGUCAAACGAUUGCGGCCGAAAUGGAACUCCGUAUGAUUCGAGCUGGUUCAGUCGUGAAUCGAAUCCCUGAAGCAGCUGAACUGAUUGAAAAACUUGUAACAGAACCUGAGCUUUCCGAAUUCCUAACACUCGAUGCCUAUGAUAAACUCGUCUCAGAAGGAAAGUAA